AAUGUUAAAAUAUACCCACAGUAGCAAUAAAAAUAAACCUCAAAUUUCUUCAAUUUGUUCGAAUAUAAAUGAAGGUUUUGUGUCUGAAGAAGGGGCUAAUAAUUUUAAAAAAUCUUCCCAACCAUCAAUUAAUAAUUACGCGGCAUCUAUUUCCUCCUCAACAUCUUCUUCUAAUUUUUCUUUAAAUUCUUUAGAUAUAAGAAAAGAUGGAUAUUCUUAUGUAGCAAUUCUUGUUAAUUUCCUCAAAGGAAUGAUUGGACCAGGCUGUUUAUCCCUUCCAUUAGCUUUUAAACAAGCUGGGCUUUGGACAGCCCUUUUCUUGGUAUUUUUUCUUGGUUUUCUAAAUUGUGUUUGUAUGAAUAAAUUGGUUAGAUGUGCUCAAAUACUUUGUAAAAGAAAAGGAGAUUCUUUCCUAAGUUAUGGAAAUAUGGCCUAUGAAGCAGUUUCUGGUAGUUUCCGUCCUGUAAGAAAAUAUGCAAGAAUAGCAAGAAUUUGUACAAAUGCCUCAAUAAUUUCACUUCAAAUGGGUAUUUGUAGUGUAUUUUAUGUUUUUUGUGCAAUUCACCUUAAAGAAUCCAAUGAAGAAUUUUUCCCUUCCUCUCCUUUUAAACCAACAACAAUUCAAUGGAUGUUUAUUAUUUUUCUUCCUUUUUUAAUUAUUAAUUUUGUCCGUUCUAUAAAGCCAAUAGCCGUUAUUAGCAUGAUUGGAAAUGUUGUAUGUCUAAUCUGUUUAGCUUUUAUUUUUCAGUAUUUAAUAAGAAUAGAGGAUCGAACAAUUAAAUUACCUCGAGUUACCGAUUUUGAAGGAAUUAUGGCUGCGUGUGGAUCUAUUCUUUAUGCAUUUGAAGGGCAAGCAAUGGUACUUCCUUUAGAAAAUAAAUUAAAAAAGCCUUCCCAAAUGGUUGGAACUUUUGGAAUUUUGUCAGUAGGAAUAGCUGCUGUCUCGGUUAUUUUUGCUUUGUGUGGUUUUCUUGGGUUUACUGCAUUUGGGAAUGAUGUACGUGGAAGUAUUACUUUAAAUUUGCCACAAGAUAAUAUCCAAUUUUCUCUUCUUCGAUUAGCCUUAACACUUGUUAUUUACCUUGGUUUUGUAAUUCAACUAUACGUUAUUGUUGAUAUGCUUUGGCCUGCACUUUGGAAAAGAUUGGAAAGGAGAGGGGGAUUUUGCUCUUCUGUUAAUUUAAAAUUACCUUUUGAAUUGGCUUUAAGAACUUUUUUGUUGUUUAUUAUAAGUAAGGGGGGGGGGAUAUAA